AUGCCUGCGCGUGGCCCUCCGUCCCCGAGCUCGCAACCCGCAAAGCGACAGCGACAAGACUCGAAUGACGAUGGAUCGCCGCGCAACGGCCAACCGAGCCCCCAGGAUCGUGAGCGCGAACGUCUCCAAACCGACGGCGCUUCAGCAUCUUCCACUACCGCCUCUCCCUCGGUAACGGCCAAGGCAGGCCAGAGCAGUAACUUUCGCAACGUCAGCGCCUGUAACCGUUGUCGCCUACGUAAAAAUCGUUGUGAUCAGAAGCUACCGAGCUGCGCAAGUUGCGCCAAGGCUGGAGUCGCUUGUGUUGGCUAUGAUCCUAUUACAAAGAAGGAAAUCCCACGCAGUUAUGUUUACUAUCUCGAAACCCGAGUCGAGCAGCUCGAGAACCUGCUUAGCGCCAAUAACAUCACUUUCCCACCAGCCGAAAACCUCGAAUUGUGUUCUCGAAUAGGCACCGACACCGCUAGUAUCAACUCCGCCACCGAAACAGGUUAUUCCGGACCAUCAGAAGCUGGCGACCGCAGGCCUCAGAGCCAGGCGGUGGAAUCGCUUAAGAAAAAGUCGGGCCAAUCAGGGUUCCUCAACAUCGUGAGCCCCUCGAAGCCUCGGUCUUUAGCAUCCGCAUCUGGUGUCUCGUUCGCCCGGGUCGUAUAUGCUGCAGUUCAGUAUUCAUCCUCUGGUCAACCGAACCCCAGUGAUCCAAGGAAUGCUCGGCAAUCGAGCGGCAAUGGAGCUUCACUGCGCGAUUCUUUUUUCGGCCUUCAUACCAGACCUUCUAUCAAACCUGCAAGUUUUCCUAGUAAAGAAGUCGGCUUGCGGCUCGUGAGGUUAUACUUUGAACACUCGAACCCUCAGAUUCCAAUUCUACACAGAGGAGAGUUUAUGCAGACGUUUGAACGCAUAUAUGCCACUCAGGAUCCGGUCCGAGGCUCGCGAGAACUCUAUUUGUUGAAUAUGGUUUUCGCCAUUGGUUGUGGUGUCAUUGUUGGCGAGCCAGUGAAAUCCGACUCAUCUGGCGAUGCUGGUGCAGACAACAAGAGUCGAUGUGAGCCAGAGGAGUAUCACGCGAGCGCAAUCGUGCACCUAGAAUCGUGUUUAAGCAACAGUGGAGGAGGGUUGGAAGUUCUGCAAGCCGUACUUCUUCUGGCCAAUUUUGCUCUGCUGCGACCUGUUCCCCCUGGCCUUUGGUACAUUAUUGGUGUUGCUGUUCGACUUGCUGUUGACCUCGGCCUUCACUAUGAAGACGACAGGGAAAUUGAUUCCUUACCUAACGAAAGUGAACAGACUGAUGGUGCUGGUUCCCGAGAGAAUGGGGCACAAACCCGGGGGAAGAAGUUGUGGGUGCGAGAUAUGAGGCGCCGUCUCUGGUGGUGCACGUACUCUCUUGAUCGCCUGGUUAGCACAUGCGUUGGAAGACCGUUCGGCGUCAGCGAUCAGGUCAUCACAACUGAGUUUCCGUCCUUGUUGGACGACGACUAUAUUACACCCACCGGACUUGUAGAUCCACCAUCAGAUCAGCUCCAACCCAGCUACAAGCAUGUUGCCCAUCAUUACUUCCGACUGAGGUUGCUGCAAUCGGAAAUUCUUCAGGUGUUGCAGUACAAUCAGGCUCAGAUCGCCAAGGCGGGUGUGCAGGGCAAGUUCCCUGAUAUGCACAUUCACCUUCCAUCGCCCUUCCUGGUGCAGUUUGAUUCGUUCCGUUCAUGGCGCAUAGAUAUCGAUCGAAGGCUGUAUCAGUGGAAGACGUCAGCACCAUCGAGACAAGAGACAGGUGUCAUGUUUUCGACAGAGUUUCUUGAGCUCAAUUACUGGCAAGCGAUCAUAAUGCUCUAUCGUCAGAGCCUCAGUGUUCCUGCUAUGUUCGAGGGCGAGUAUAAUUCAUCAAAUGAGGUUAACAGCCCAACGGCGUUCCAAGCAGAGCUUCGUGAAGAUGAGGAUCGAAUCUACCUGAAAGUUGCAGAGGCAGGCCAGAAGAUCCUCCGCAUAUAUAGACAACUCCAUCUCAGUGGGUUGGUGAGCUACACCUAUCUUUCCACCCAUCACCUGUUCAUGGCAGGAAUCUCGUACCUUUAUGCCAUUUGGCACUCGCCCAUCGUACGAAGUCGCCUGAGCAUGGAUGAAGUGGAUUUUACUAUCCUCGCUGCCAAAUCGGUUCUCACAGACAUGAUCGACAAGUGCCCUCCCGCCGAGACGUGCCGAGAUGCGUUCGAUCGAACAGCCAAGGCCACCAUUAAGAUGGCCUCUUCAACAGGCGGUUUCGGUGCCCCGACGGCCCGAAGACAACGUUCAGCGUGGAACACACCGCCUGACUCAUCAAAAGGAACGGGGCAAGGACGACACCGUCCACAGGGCUCAGAUCAGGCGUCUUAUCAGAUUGAUUUGUCGCUAUCUGACUCGCUGUCCUCUCCUACAUUAUCUGUUGCAGGCGACGGGAAUGCACAGCCAUCGCCCCCAAUGGCACGAUCAACAGAGGGAUAUUUGCUCAAAUCGCGAAGUCGAGGUGGACCAAGCCCUACAGAAUCUGGUCAUAAGCAAGAGGGAUCGCCUAUAGAAUCGGGGAUGGUUCUUUCGCCUAUUCCUCGAAGAGUGACUUCCCAACCGAACGGUGGAAGAUCCUAUGGUGGACAGCAGCAAUAUAACGGACAGGACUACCCAGAUGCUCAAACAAUGGAGUUCCUCCAAAAUCUGGGCGCGUCAUCAAACGGAGACUUUACUGCCAUGGACCAGUCGCAGCUUGAUAUGGGUCUAAGCAUGAACUGGGAGGGCCUUCACCACGACUUUGGCGAGGCACCACAAAUGAACCCCUUUGACACGUUCUUCUUUGGCGGUCCCCAAGGCGGUGGAGGCCAAGACGGCGGCGGCAUGAACAUGUAG